GUCUGCUCUAUUGUGGUGAACUUUCACCUUAGGCUGUGCACGCUGGAAGAAAUGGAAACUCAGUGAAGCAACGUGGGCAGGGAUAUAUUAAACAAUUAUUUCUUGAAUUUAGUGUCGCUGAAGCUUUUCCUCCUAAUCUUUUGUUCCGCCUGGACUUAAUAAUCCGACGCGUCAACGCGGCUCAAAGGUGAGCACCUCCUGUCUGUGAAAAUAUGGGGAAGGCGCCGAAGAAGAGGAGCCUUGCUGACAAGGUGCGAAAGACCAAAACCUCCUCUGAGAUCAAAAACAACCCGUUUGAGGUGAAAAUCAACAGAAAGAAAUUUGAUGUCCUGGGGAGAAAAAGCAAGCAUGAUGUGGGUCUGCCCGGUGUAUCUCGAUCCAAAGCCGUCAAUAAGAGAAAAGAGACCCUGCUGAAGGAAUACAAACAGAAGAACAGAUGCAGCAAAUUUAUUGACAGACGUUUUGGAGAGUAUGACACCAAGAUGGCACCCGAAGACAAAAUUCUCCAGAGGUUCACGAUGGAGAGACAGCGCGUCCAUGAGAAGAAGGACGUGUACAACCUGAAUGAGGAGGAAGAGCUGACUCAUUAUGGCCAGUCUUUGGCUGAAAUGGAGAAAUUCAAUGAUGUUGUGAAUAGCGAUGAUGAAUCAGAAGAAAAGGGUCUAUUGUCUGCUGAGCUCACUGCGUCCCACUUCGGAGGAGGAGGUGGUCUCCUCAGGAAGAAGGCAUUGGGGGAGGAGGAGGAGGGAGGCCAGAGGGCAAAAUCCAGGCAGGAGCUCAUUGAAGAGCUCAUCCAGAAGUCCAAGCAGGAGAAGAGGGAACGCCAGGUGCAGAGAGAGGAGGCCCAGGAGCUGACCGAGAAGCUGGAUCAAGACUGGAAGAACAUACAGUCUCUGAUGGUGAAAAAGACGCCCAAAGCUGACAAACAGGAGGAGAAACCCAAACUGGAGGAAUAUGACAUGAUGGUCAGAGAGCUCGGCUUUGAGAUGAAGGCUCAGCCCUCAGAGAAGAUGAAAACUCCAGAGGAGCUAGCCAAGGAAGAGAGAGAGAAGCUGCAGAAACUCGAGGCUGACCGUCUCAGGAGGAUGAUGGGAGAGGAAGUCGUGGAAGGUGCACAAAGUCAGAUUCACUUCUCUGCUGAUGACCUCAAUGACGGCUUCAUUCUGGAUAAGCAUGACAAGAAGACUCUGGCUUAUCAGGAUGGAAAAUGGAACAUGGGGGAGGAGGAAGAAGAAGAAGAUGAGGCUGAAGAUGAAGAAGGAGAGGGCGAGAGCAGUGAGGAACAGGAAUCGGAUGCAGAGGAGGAUGAAGUUGAGGAAGAAGAAGAAGAGGAGGAGGAGGAAGAAGAGGAGGGAAGUGGUGAAGAUGAUGGCCACUCAGACCUCGAGUCUGAGCAAGAAAGCGAAAAUGAGGAGGAGGAAGAGGCCAGCCCCAAGCCGAAGAAGACUCUCAGCAAAGAGGAAGUGAAGGCCCAGCAGGAGGCAGCCAAAGCAGAGCUCCCAUACACAUUUGCUGCCCCUGAGAGCUACAACGAUCUGAAGGAUAUGCUACGUGGUCACACCUCUGACAACCAGCGCCUCAUUGUGGCCAGAACUCAAAAGAGCAACCACCCCAGUUUGGCUGUAGGCAAUAAACUCAAACUGCAGAAACUUUUUGGCUUUCUGUUGGAGUACAUCGGAGAGCUGGCCACUAGGAGUCCACCUGAACUUAGCACCAUUGAUAAGCUCAUACCCGAGGUGUACGCUCUGUGCCAGAUGUUUCCAGAUGCAGCCUGUAAGGCUAUGCAGAGCAUCCUCGGAGAUGCCGCUCAUAGCAUGGAAGAGACGCUUGAGGUCAAAGGUCACGCAGCUUUCCCUACACUAGACAUGCUCAUCUACCUUAAGGUGACAGCCCUGCUGUUUCCUACCUCAGACUUCAGGCACCCAGUUACAACUCCAGCGCUGCUUUUCAUCAGCCAGGCUCUCACCAAGUGCCCAGUGAGAUCAUUACAGGACCUAACAUCAGGUUUAGUUCUGUGCUCUCUGGGAGUGGAGUAUGUCUCUUUUUCAAAGCGCUUCCUGCCUGAGCUCAUCAACUUCCUGGUUGGGACGCUACACCUGGCAGUGCAGGACAAGGCAUCUUUGGGUUACAUUGUGGUGCCACCCUUCAGAGCAUCAGGAAAAUACAGCGAUCUUUUAGUGCUGUCAUCGUCAGAGUCCUGCAGGAGCUGGAGCAAAAAAAGCCUCCCACUCUCUGCUACUCAGCAGCUGGACCUCGAAAACGACCCUGAUAGAGAUACCCACAGGUUAACGUGUUUGUCUACUUGCCUCGACCUGGUGAAGAGGUGCUGCUUGCUCUACAAAGACCUCCCCUCCUUCACACACAUCUUUCAGCCAAUCAGAACGCUUCUUUCAAAACAUCUUUCCACCCAAACAUUACCAGAGCCAUUACAGGAGCUUAGCAGUGAGAUCGUGGAGGCCAUUAGCAGCACGCCUGUGACUCAGAGUGCGCUUGUUUUUGACAAGAGAAAGCCUAUUCCUCUGAAGCUGCUCACGCCCAAGAUUGUUGAAGUGCUGGACUAUGGAAAGAAGCGUGGCAGCACCAGAGAGGAGAGAGAGAAGGAGCGACUAAAGCAUAAAUACAAGAGGGAGUUUAAGGGCGCUCUGAGAGAGAUCAGGAAGGACUCACGCUUCCUGGCCAGAGAGAAGCUCAACGAGGUCAUGAACAGGGAUGCAGAGAGAAAGAGAAAAGUGAAAGAGCUAAUGGGCAGUCUGGCCACCCAGGAGGGAGAGUGGAAAUCCCUGAAGAGGAAGAAGAAGUGAAAUAUUUAAUCUCCACCAGUUCUCCCCAUUGUCUGAUCAUUUUCAAAUGGACCUCUCCAGUUCAGCUGUGGAUCACAUGUAUAAGGUUGAAAUAUAUGGAAUAUACAGCUGAGAGUUCUCUGUCAUGAUUGCACACCGUGUUAUCACAUAUUCCCAUGUAGGCGUUUGAUGUGACAAUUGGAUACUGCUGUUGGAAGUGUCAGUCCACAAAGGAACAGAGGAGUGAAUAUUUUGCUCGCAUUUUCCCUUUUUUUAAAAACCAGAAACCAUCACAACGUUAUGCUGUUGUGUGUGCUGUCAACAGUGGCUAUACUUUUCCAAUAAAGAAGGUCAGGGUUACUCCCACUAUGAUAAAAAUGUAAAUAAAUUUACAGCACAUGGAUCAAGCUGCAUCGGUCUUCAUUUUAAAUGUUUAAUGUUCUGUCGUAUAAAACACCUGGAAACAGCUGCAUGGUCUUCACAUUAAUGCAGUCCUGCACAAAUUGAAAGGUUGUGGUCUUAGCAGGGUUAUGGUAAUAAUUUAUUACUUAGCAGCCUUUAUUCAUAAAAAGCUUAAAAACAAAGUAUUUUAUUAUGUACUAAAUAUAUAUUAAAUAUAACUAUUUUUGUUCACUGCAACAUGGAAACAGGAGGCCGUCAAAUGUAUCUUUACAAAUCCAGUCUGAGUGAAAUGAUUUGAGCGAUUCUGAGAAUCGUUUGACGAUGCGGUUCUUGAUGAUCUCGGUGGUUUAUCUCGCUGUGAGUGGAUUUUAGAAAUCAGGUCGCACGCAUCACAGGACAGUUCAAACACUUUGAAUUCAGACUGCAGCUGGGCAAUUGACACAAUACCAAGAACCUGAACAGGAAGGAGGCAUUCAGAUGAUGUGGGUUGGUACACAGACGCUGCAUGUAUGGUUUGAUUGGUAGGAAGGCAGGAAAUGUUGGUUAAAAGGGCUUCGGUGUGGUGUUUAGUGGAGAUGAAUUUUCUCUUUGAGUUAUGUUGCUGUUACAUGCAGACACGAACACAACAGCAAGAUCUGCUCACGCCUUAGCCGAUACAAAAGUUCAUUCAGGACUCACAUUAGCUUUGGAGCUGUCGUAGCCAGCGUAAUAUUUUGUUUGGAUACAUUUCUGCAUUUUUCUUAAAAACAUGCUCGCCCAGUAAAUCCUAACCAUCUCCAGAAGUGUAUUAAUGCUGGUGUCCAGCAGUGUUCUGGUCUCCAUGCUUGCCCCCACCCUGCUUUUGCUUACCUUGUCCAUUUGGGUCAUUUUCAUGCCCUCUAGCUGUUUCUCUGUUGAUCUUUUUGCAAGCUCUCAUCACUGCCAGUCAACUACAUGCUGAUCUGAGAGUGGAAGGUUAUUGUGCUUACUCCUGUGCACCUUUAGGGAGUCACACUUGCUCAUGUAUCAUCUGUUGUCCUCUUAAACAUUAAAGACAGCUGCUACCUAGAUCCGUCUCCAUGUUGUGCUGAUAGGAAGUCUGCUUUAGGAGGCAGACCAGCAACAUCAUGCCAGAGAAAUCAUCUGAAUUCUCUGGCUUUCUUGAGACUUUAUUAUUUAGAUAUGAGGUUUGAUCAAAAAUUGCAAUCUAGCUAAUUUCUGCUUAGAAACUGUGGACUCCUGGAUUUAAUUAAAUUAAAAUCUGCUUGGGAGUAGCUGUAGAUUCAGUUCUCACUACCAGCAAUGAUUCUCCAUGAGAAACUUGGAAUUAGAAGUUGACCUUUGCUCCUGCAAUGUUUGAGGACCAUGAUGGUUGGAACCGGACUUCCAGCGAGCGGUCUUAGAAUAGCAACGUCCCUGGAAAAGCCACCUGGACAUGCCUGAGAAAAGGAUCUUAAACAGAUGUAAAUCAGUUAUCCUGUGCAUCUUAUUUUCUUUUUACUGUUUUAUAGUGCUCACCUGAUUUGUCCAAAUGACCAGCCCCCAGAACAAGUAGCCUACCCCAGCUUUAGCAUGAAUAUGAUGUAUGCUUUUCAUCAAGUGCAU